GGUGAGAUGUGAUCGGUGACAUAAUGGACCAGUCGCGUGUUUUUAGGCGCGUUCACUAAAGUUCUGAGCGCGUGCUUAGAUCUGCUAGAGUCGAGCGCUCUCGCGUCUCUUUAACGGAGGAUAGAUCGGAUCGUAACACUGCAGAUCGGACAUAAUGGCUACAAUGCUGAGCAAAGAAUUGCCGGAUAUCGAGAGUAUCCUUGCAUUGAACCCAAGGGUGAAGACCCACGCAAAUCUCCGUUCCACCGCCUCUAAGAAGAAUGAGAAGAAGCACUGGAAGAGAAACCCAGAGAGGAGCUGUGAUUCUUGUGUGAAUUUGGACAACAAUUUCGAUGACAUCAAGCACACGACUUUGAGCGAGCGUGGGGCACUUCGGGAAGCGCUGAGAUGCCUGAAAUGUGCAGAUGCUCCCUGCCAGAAAAGCUGCCCCACCAAUUUGGAUAUCAAGUCUUUCAUCACCAGCAUUUCCAACAAGAACUACUACGGUGCUGCCAAGGCAAUCCUGUCCGAUAACCCUCUGGGUUUGACCUGUGGCAUGGUUUGUCCCACCUCUGAUCUUUGUGUGGGGGGCUGCAACCUCUAUGCCUCUGAGGAAGGCCCCAUCAAUAUUGGUGGGCUGCAGCAGUUUGCUACUGAGGUGUUCUGUAAGAUGGGCAUCCCUCAGAUCAGGAAUCCAGAGCUUCCACCAGCACAUGAAAUGCCGGAGAGCUUCCACACAAGGAUCGCUCUCAUUGGUUGCGGCCCUGCCAGCAUCAGCUGCGCCUCCUUCCUCGCUCGGCUAGGCUAUGAUAACAUCACCAUCUUUGAGAAACAGAAAUACAUCGGUGGCCUCAGCACCGCUGAAAUUCCCCAGUUCCGUUUGCCCUACGAGGUGGUGCAGUUUGAGAUUGAUCUGAUGAAGGAUCUAGGCGUAAAGGUUGUUCUUGAGAAGGGACUUGGACAGAAUGGGAUGACUCUAACCUCGCUGAAAGAAGAGGGCUUUCAAGUGGUCUUUGUUGGCAUUGGUCUUCCACAAGCAAACAAGGACAAGAUCUUUGAGGGCUUGACCACAGAACAGGGCUUCUACACAUCAAAGGAUUUCCUUCCCUUGGUUGCAAAGGCCAGUAAAAUAGGCAUGUGUAAUUGCCAUUCGCAGCUGCCAAAGCUGCAUGGGAAUGUGAUAGUCCUAGGCGCAGGAGACACAGCGUUUGACUGCGCCACCUCUGCUCUCCGCUGUGGAGCUCGACGAGUCUUUGUGGUCUUUAGAAAGGGCUUCACCAACAUUCGUGCUGUUCCAGAAGAGAUGGAGGUGGCCAAAGAGGAAAAGUGUGAGUUCCUGCCCUUCCUGUUCCCUCAUGAGGUAAUCAUGAAAGAUGGACGUGUCGUAGGCCUGCGUUUUUGCCGGACAGAGCAACAGGAUGAUGGUACCUGGGUUGUUGAUGAGGAGCAAAUUGUCCACCUGAAAGCAGACGUCAUUAUCAGUGCCUUUGGCUCCAUGUUGAACGAUCCAGAAGUGAAGAAGGCCCUGGAACCAGUAAAGCUGAACGGAUGGGGGACACCUGAGGUGAACAGCGAAACCAUGCAGACCAGUGAACCCUGGGUGUUUGCCGGCGGAGACAUCGCCGGCUUGGCCAACACCACCGUGGAGUCUGUCAACGAUGGCAAACAAGCUUCCUGGCACAUCCACAAGUACAUCCAGUCCCUUCAUGGUAACACAGUAGGCAGCACUCCCAAACUGCCCUUGUUCCACUGUGGCAUCGAUACAGUGGAUAUUAGUGUGGAGAUGUGCGGGAUAAAGUUUCCUAACCCGUUUGGGCUGGCCAGCGCUCCCCCCACAACCAGCGCAGCCAUGAUCCGCAGAGCCUUCGAGCAGGGCUGGGGCUUUGCCCUCACCAAGACCUUUGGCCUGGACAAGGAUUUGGUGACCAAUGUGUCACCGCGAAUCGUGCGUGGGACUACCUCAGGUCACAUUUUCGGCCCUGGCCAGGGCUCGUUCCUCAACAUCGAGCUCAUUAGUGAAAAAACAGCCGCCUACUGGUGCAAGAGCGUGGCCGAACUUAAAGCAGACUUCCCCAAAAAUAUUAUCAUUGCCAGUAUUAUGUGCGGUUACAACCAAGCUGACUGGACUGAGCUGGCAAAGAUGGCUGAGGACUCUAAAGCUGAUGCUCUGGAGCUGAACCUGUCCUGUCCUCAUGGCAUGGGAGAGAGAGGUAUGGGACUGGCCUGUGGACAGGACCCCGAGCUGGUGAGGAACAUCUGUCGCUGGGUCAGAAAGGCCACCAACAUCCCCUUCUUUGCCAAGCUCACACCCAACGUCACCAACAUCGUUGACAUCGCAAGUGCCGCAUAUGAAGGCGGGGCAGAUGGAGUCACAGCCACCAACACUGUAUCCGGACUGAUGGCUCUCAAAGCUGACGCCACACCCUGGCCUGGGAUUGGCAGAGGCGCGAGAACUACAUACGGCGGCGUUUCUGGUAAUGCAAUCCGGCCCAUAGCUCUGCGUGCGGUGUCAGCUAUAGCCAAAGCACUUCCAGGCUUCCCGAUCUUGGCUACCGGUGGUAUUGACUCGGCCGAGUCAGGAUUACAGUUCCUCCAUGCUGGAGCAUCUGUCCUGCAGGUGUGCAGCGCUGUGCAGAACCAGGACUUCACAGUGAUUGAGGACUACUGUUUAGGCCUGAAGGCGCUGCUGUAUCUGAAAAGCAUAGAGGAGCUGCACGAUUGGGACGGCCAGUCUCCUCCCACCAUACGGCACCAGAAGGGCAAACCCGUCCCCCGCGUGGAGGAGCUCGUCGGAAAGACUCUGCCUAGCUUUGGACCAUACUUAAAGACGAAGACUGAGGUCCUGGCGAAGUACAAGAAGAGCCUUAAAGAAGCUAGCGGCAAUGUGAUCACAGACACCGGUGGUUCUACAGUUGCUGAAAAAAACAUCCCCAAAAAACCCAUCCCUAAUGUGAAAGAUGUGAUUGCCAGAGCGCUGAAGCAUAUUGGCGCCUACCAGGAGCUGGACAACACGGAACAAGUGCAGGCCCUCGUCGAUCCAGAGAUGUGUAUCAACUGUGGCAAAUGCUACAUGACCUGCAACGACUCGGGCUACCAGGCUAUUAAGUUUGACCCUGAGACCCAUCUUCCUGUAAUCACGGACAGCUGCACCGGCUGCACUCUCUGCCUGAGCGUGUGCCCCAUCAUCGACUGCAUCAAAAUGGUUACCAGGACAACGCCGUACGUGCCCAAGAGGGGCCUGCCUGUUAAUCCCGUUUGCUAAAGCACACUGUCGCUCCACCUGACCGGAGAGAAAGAAAACCAAGGAGCGACGUCUCAUUCAAAGCAUCGAUUCCACUUAUAAUUGCUGUGUGAAAAAUUACCUUUAUUAUGAAAACGAAUAAUUAGCCAGCAAAAAUAAUUGCCUUAUAUUCCCAAGCCAGUUAUGCUAGAAUAAUUGUGCUGGCACAAAAGAGUUGCAUUAUUUCAAAACAACAUUAUUUUUUGUCCUUUUCCGUUUCAGAAGUGAAAGGGACGAUUGAUUGAGAAAGAAGGAGAAGUGCUAUUGUUUACUCUGAUAUAAAUGAAUAACAAUAAAUAAAGCAAGAAUAUUAAUAAUUGACAGUAUCGAAGACUGCAUUACUUUGAAACUCUGGAAAAUGAAUUAUGUGAAUGGUAAAUGUGAUUAAUAAUAGGGAAGAACAUAAGCAUAAUUAUUUCACAAGCAGAUUUGCUUUUUAAUGUUUGUCAGUAAUUAAAUCACAAGACAUAUUUAGUAAUAAAUAGAUUUCUAAUGAUAAGCAAAUUAGUUCCAAAAAAUAUGCUUUUUAAAAAGUACGAGCCAUAAUUAUCACUAGACUGAUCUGCAGAUUGUUUAGGCUUCUUGAAGAGCAGCUUUAGGUUCAGACGCAGACACGAAACAAAUCGUUCUAAUGAUGUUUAGACCGGUUCCUUUAAUGUACCAAUUGAUUUGUUUCGCAAAACAAAGCUGAUACAAACCCGAGUCUGAGAGGUUUAUGCCAAGUCUCUGUUGUGUUAAUAUGAUCUUCCUAUAAUUGUUACAUCUGCGUACAAACAUCCGAUUGGGAGCGGUGGACAAGACAGUAGACGGGGUUAAUUAAAAUGCUAUCGUUUUCAUCUCGGAGAUGCAGACCGCUCGUUCUCUGAGAGGCUCCGUGUUUGAAAUGCAGGAAAACGCCGCUUUUGAAAAGCAGCAGCCAGACAUGUCAGAGUUAUUUCAUCAUUUAUUAUAACCGCACAAUAACAAGGGAUUAGAAAGAAAACCGGGCCGCCAUAAAUCUAAAGUUUGCACUGGAGCUCCAUUAAUUUGGCCGUGACUUAACUUGCUUUGUAAAAAUGUUUGCCUUUGAAAAAUUAGCAACCACGCCAAGCGCGAUGAGAAGGUUCAGCAAAUUUACUGAAGUCCCUUAAGCACGCUCAUUAUUAGCUGCCAGAACUGCAUUUCAGCAGCAGCACAGUUUUCAAAGAUUGUAAAGUUUUUAACUAUUUGCACUAUUCUUUUUUUAAUAUAAUUAUUAUAUCAGGACAAAAUGAGUAUCUGGGUAUAUAGGCCAUUCUACAGAAUUGGUUCAUUGGAUCAAAGAAAAAAAUCUUUUCCCACAAAUUUUGUAUGUAUGCAAAUUCUAGGGUAUGCAUUUCUAUGUCCAGCUGAUUCUCAUACUGGAUUUUCAGGAAGCUUUGGAAUAUUUGUCCUCUACCCAAACUUGUCAUUACCAAAACGCAGUUAUAUCAUUUCAUAAGAAGGGUUAUAUUGGCCUAUUAAGAUUUUGUUACAUCUUCCUUGUAAAUUAUAUAGUUUUCUAUUUUAUUAAAAAGUUUUCAGAGGUGCAUUAAUAACAGUUGCAAUUUUAACAACAUCUCAAGUGAUUCAUGAGAUUUGUUGUAUUUUGAAUCCAACUUUUCUUUGUAAAAGGCAAAAUGUUGGUCAUACUGAUUUCAAACUUAAGGAUUAAUUAGUUUGAACAUACAUUGAACCAAACACUAUCAUGAUAUCUUAGUUGAUAAUUUAAUACAAUGUAUUUUUGACAAAACAUCCCAUGUUUCGGCCCUGACAGUAAUGUUUUGGUAGCGACCACAUCAUAUUCACAUACUAAAACACUACUAAAACAUGCUACAAUACUGAAAAUUUGCAUAACAGUACUAAAAAUUUGUUUCUUUCUUCACCAAAUGUUUUGUGACUGUUUCGGUUGGAGGUCAACCGAUACUGGAUUUUAUCUAUACCGAUAACUGGGUUGGACCCCACUGGCCGAUACCGAUUAAUUGACCGAUAGUUUUUAAAAUGGAUACUAAACGAAAAAUAAAUAGUGCUCUACUAUAUACUUAAAAAAAAAAAAAAAGUA